GAGGACCCGGGCAGUCCUCGGUGGUCUGCAGCCGGGGCCGGAGGCGGUAGGCCGAGCUGGGACGUGUGAGCCGCGCCGCUGAGGCGCAGCAUGUGAAGCGGAGACGGCCUCGAGCGCGGGGCGAGCCUCUCAGCCGGCCGGCAUGGCCACGACGGCCGAGCUCUUCGAGGAGCCUUUUGUGGCUGAUGAAUACAUCGAGCGUCUUGUGUGGAGAACCCCAGGAGGUGGUUCUAGAGGUGGAUCUGAAGCGUUUGACCCUAAAAGGUUAUUAGAAGAAUUUGUGAAUCAUAUUCAAGAACUCCAGAUAAUGGAUGAAAGGAUUCAAAGGAAAGUGGAGAAAUUAGAACAACAGUGUCAGAAAGAAGCUAAGGAAUUUGCUAAGAAGGUACAGGAGCUUCAGAAAAGCAAUCAGGUUGCCUUCCAACAUUUCCAAGAAUUAGAUGAGCAUAUUAGCUAUGUAGCCACCAAAGUGUGUCACCUUGGAGACCAGUUGGAAGGGGUAAACACACCUAGACAACGUGCAGUGGAGGCUCAGAAAUUGAUGAAGUAUUUCAAUGAGUUUCUAGAUGGAGAACUGAAAUCUGAUGUUUUUACAAAUUCUGAAAAGAUAAAGGAAGCAGCAGACGUCAUUCAGAAGUUGCAUCUGAUUGCCCAGGAGUUACCUUUUGAUAGGUUUUCAGAAGUAAAAUCCAAAAUUGCAAGUAAAUACCAUGAUUUAGAAUGCCAGCUGAUUCAGGAGUUUACUAGUGCCCAAAGAAGAGGGGAGAUCUCCAGGAUGAGGGAAGUAGCAGCAGUUUUACUUCAUUUUAAGGGUUAUUCCCAUUGUAUUGAUGUUUAUAUAAAGCAGUGCCAAGAGGGUGCUUACUUGAGAAAUGAUAUAUUUGAAGAUGCAGCAAUACUCUGUCAGCGAGUGAACAAGCAAGUUGGAGAUAUCUUUAGUAAUCCAGAAGCAGUACUGGCUAAACUUAUUCAGAAUGUGUUUGAAAUCAAACUACAGAGUUUUGUAAGAGAUCAGUUAGAAGAAUGUAGGAAAUCGGAUGCUGAGCAGUAUCUCAAAAGUCUCUAUGAUCUGUAUACCAGAACCACCAGUCUUUCCAGCAAAUUGAUGGAGUUUAAUUUAGGUACUGAUAAACAGACUUUCUUGUCUAAGCUUAUCAAAUCCAUUUUCAUUUCCUAUUUGGAGAACUACAUUGAAGUGGAGAUUGGAUAUUUGAAAAGCAGAAGUGCUAUGAUCCUACAGCGCUAUUAUGAUUCAAAAAACCACCAAAAGAGAUCCAUUGGCACAGGAGGUAUUCAAGAUUUGAAAGAGAGGAUUAGACAACGUACCAACUUACCACUGGGGCCAAGUAUUGAUACGCAUGGGGAAACUUUCCUAUCUCAAGAAGUGGUAGUUAAUCUUUUACAAGAAACCAAACAAGCCUUUGAGAGAUGUCAUAGGCUUUCUGAUCCUUCUGAUUUACCAAGGAAUGCCUUUAGAAUUUUUACCAUUCUUGUGGAAUUUUUAUGUAUUGAGCAUAUUGAUUAUGCUUUAGAAACGGGGCUUGCUGGAAUUCCAUCAUCAGAUUCUAGGAAUGCAAAUCUCUAUUUUUUGGAUGUUGUACAACAGGCCAAUACUAUUUUUCAUCUUUUUGACAAACAGUUUAAUGAUCACCUUAUGCCACUAAUAAGCUCUUCUCCUAAGUUAUCUGAAUGCCUUCAGAAGAAAAAAGAGAUAAUUGAGCAGAUGGAGAUGAAAUUGGAUACUGGCAUCGAUAGGACAUUAAAUUGUAUGAUUGGACAGAUGAAGCAUAUCUUGGCAGCAGAACAAAAGAAAACAGAUUUUAAGCCAGAAGAUGAAAACAAUGUUUUGGUUCAGUAUACUAAUGCAUGUGUAAAAGUCUGCGCUUAUGUAAGAAAACAAGUUGAGAAGAUUAAAAAUUCCAUGGAUGGGAAGAAUGUAGACACAGUUUUGAUGGAACUUGGAGUACGUUUUCAUCGGCUUAUUUAUGAGCAUCUUCAGCAAUAUUCCUAUAGUUGUAUGGGUGGCAUGUUAGCAAUUUGCGAUGUAGCUGAAUAUAGAAAAUGUGCCAAAGACUUCAAGAUUCCAAUGGUAUUACAUCUUUUUGACACUCUGCAUGCACUUUGCAAUCUCCUGGUUGUUGCUCCAGAUAAUUUAAAGCAAGUCUGUUCAGGGGAACAGCUUGCCAGUCUGGACAAGAACAUACUUCAUUCCUUCGUACAACUUCGUGCUGACUAUAGAUCUGCUCGCCUAGCUCGACACUUCAGCUGAGUUGAAGUUACAAAGGAAAUGUAUUUCAGAAGGCCUCGGAUGAUAGAAAGCACAGGAGAUUCCUAUGACACAGCCAAUAUUUUAUGUUGGGAAAAAAAAAAAAAAAUGACUGGAAGCAAACAGCAGCCAUACUUACCCAGGAAUUUUAUUUGAAAUCUGGACACCACUGUCUAUAUUUUGCUUUGUAACUUUUCCCUGUUUACAUUAAAUUCCAUACUUUAAUUUAUAAAUUUCAAAUUCUAUAAACCUACACAUGACUGUUAUAACCCUGAAAAACAUUGGUGUCAGAAGAUGAAUGAAAUUUCACCAGUGUUCUAGUUCUUGAUCUUUAAUGUUAUCUGGAAAUCUUACCAACCUGUUUUGCAUUAAAAUAGGUGAAGUACAGUA